AUGCCUCCCGAUUGCACAAGUCGGGUCAGAGCUGCAGUCAAUGGACUUCAUCGAGAACGUCAACGAGCCAAGCUUGCAGCCCAAGUCAGCAACAGGACAAAUGCUGUGCUUGAGCUAGAUGAGACCGGAGAAACCCUGUGCAUAUGGUAUUGGCCAGUUCAAGAUGAUGGAGGGCGUGUCGUGCCUUCUGAACUUGUAGCGCACCAUAACUGCUAUCCUCCCGGCCACUGUGAAGCGGCAAUAGUUAUGUUAACAAGGGGACAAAAUGCAGGAGAGUACCUAGCCUGCUGCGCAUUGAGCAAAUGCGGUUAUGUUGUUUUCAUGGAUCAGAUGCACAUUUCACCUGGGUUACCCAUCAGACGCUAUCCAAAACGAAGCUCUGAUCAACCCAGAUGGAGAGAAGUCGCCUUUCUCGAUGGGAAUGACAUCAAACUAGUAGACGUCAUGCAAAGGCGCCAGCUUCGACAAGAUGAAACUCACAAAACCUUCGACAGGCUUCUAAGACUGGAUUCCUUUUCUCGGCCCGGCCUCACAGAAGAGGAAUUCCGCCAUUUUCUUACACGGUGUUACGGUUGUGAACUCAUCAUGACUAGGCGGAUAUUUGAACGGCACACUUGUUUAGGAAAGGUCGAGAUGGGAGAGGUCGAGAUCAUUGAUCUAACUACAGAAGAUGAUUAG